UUACAAAUGUUUAGUAUAUAUUCAUAUGGUUAGGAGACGGAGAGACACUUGGCCGAGCAGACAAAGAACCUAUUCACACGAACAACGCAUCAAACAGUUUUAUUUUUUCAUUAGUUUUUGAGCAACGAACGACGACGAAGUACACGGAUUAAUCGAAAAGGUUAGAGUGACAAGUAGUGGAAGCAGAAGUAACAUGAAUUUCAAGAACAACAACAACAACAUGGGGAAUGAGCCACCAGGAGACGGUAGUGGAGGAGCGGCGUUGACCAGACAAGGUUCGAUAUACUCGUUGACAUUCGACGAGUUUCAGAGCAGUUUAGGUAAAGAUUUUGGGUCAAUGAACAUGGACGAGCUGUUAAAGAACAUAUGGACUGCUGAAGAGACACAAGCCAUGGCUGUUGCUGCUUCAACUAGCGGUGUUAUUCCACUUGCUGGAGGAGGCCAAGAGGGGCUGCCGUUGCAGAGGCAAGGCUCGUUGACACUCCCCCGAACCCUUAGCACGAAAACGGUUGAUCAGGUGUGGAAAGAUCUCUCUAAAGAUGGAGGAGGUGGAACAAACUUGACUCAGAGUCAGAGUCAGCAGACGUUAGGUGAGGUAACUCUAGAGGAGUUCCUGGUACGUGCUGGCGUUGUGAGAGAGGAAGCUCAGGUUGCUGCCAAAGAUGCUAACACGGGUUUCUCUGUCCAGGCUUCUCCUCAAGUUGUUCCCGGUUUGAUGGGGAACCUUGGUGCCGAGACUGUGAAUCAUAUGCAGGUUCAAGGUUCUAGUUUGCCUCUGAAUGUAAAUGGAGCUAGAUCUACAUACCAGCAACACCAGCCAAUCAUGCCCAAGCAGCCUGGUUUUGGGUAUGGAACACACGUUGGUCCUGGGAUAAGAGGUGGUCUUAUGGGACUUGGAGAUCAGUCUCUAAAUAUGGGAUUAGUUCAAGGCGUUGUUGGUGCUGCUGUGUCUCCUGUGACGCCAGUGUCAGCAGAUGGGAUAGGGAAGAAUAAUGGUGAUUCUUCAUCGCUCUCUCCGUCUCCGUACAUGUUUAAUGGUGGGGUGAGGGGUAGAAAGAGUGUUACUGUAGAGAAAGUUGUUGAGAGGAGGCAAAGGAGAAUGAUAAAGAACCGAGAAUCAGCCGCACGGUCACGUGCCAGGAAACAGGCUUAUACCGUGGAACUUGAAGCUGAAGUUGCAAAGUUAAAGGAAGAGAAUGAAGAGUUACAAAGAAAGCAGGCAAAGAUUAUGGAGAUGCAAAAGAAUCAGGAGAUGGAGAUGAUGAAUAUUCAAGUAGGUGCAAAGAAAAGGCUGAGGAGGACAGAGUCAGGACCUUGGUGAAUCAUACUUAGUUUCUGUAGAUAAAUAUUCCCCACAUGUGUUUAGUUUGAAGACCAAAGAGAGAGAGAGUUUCAUGGUUUAUUUUGUAAGCUCUUUUCAUAUGUGUUCAUUACAACGUCAAAAUGUA